UCUCUCAACGUUCUACCUGAUCCUAGAUGUUCUACGCUCCUCCGGCCGUUGCUUCCGAACGAGCUGGCAUCUGACACAUGAUGCCCGCCCGCAUGCCUGCAGUGUGACGCUGGGGAUACGAAAUCGGGUCAUCUUGCGCCACCUACCAGCCAACAGACAUCGGCCUCCGGCGAACGCGGAGAAUUUCUCAUCACUUGCGUCACAUGGGUUGUAAAAGGGGGCUCCAUGUGGGCAAAAGUCCCCCGCAACCCCCAGAAUAAGGGUCCCUUUCCUCCAUGCGAAUCUCGGCGGUCGCCGUGUCGCCGGUGAUACUACUCUUAGUGUGCUGUUGACACGCUGACCUCGAAUUUGUCCGCGCUGUCAUUUCGGAAAAGUUCACGAGGUCUACGGCGGAACUGGGAAUGGCGUGCGACUACACACGGCUGGCACCUUAUUACCAUCUUACCACCCGGAGCCGGGAUUAGAUGAGUAGACAGGAGGAAACGGCGCUUGCUCUCCCCAGCCAGCGUUUCAUCGUGACAUUGCAACAUGGCUCGAACAGCGAGCAUGGUGCCACUAACGAUACCGCCUUCAUUCAGCCUCGGUUGCCCAGCAAAGGAGCUGCAGCCCAUUGCAACGAAUUGGGGGCAGCGACCCGCGGGGUAUAGUUCCUUGCAGAUGUAGACUCGGGCAUGCAGAAUCUGACCACACGGAGGUUUUAACAACCUCGAUGCUUCGUCGGAGAAACUCUCACGAUUCUAGGGCGGCGGGGGGAGGGGGCUGGGAGCGUUUCUGACCGUUGCAUCAGACCACGUACUCGAGAAGCCGUCAUGCUCACCGUAACACACAAUUCUUGUUCGUUUUGGCCGCGGAAAAGGUGGGCAAGAAAGAAAGCCUUGAUCGUGAUGUGAAGAUUUGCGUCGAUUUCUCAUGGGAGUGGCCAAUUUCCGGGUAUAUAACAUGCCUGAAAGUCUGCGCUUAUCGUAUAUUCAAACUCACAAUUCAGAUAACACUUCGAAUCGCACCUCAGCUCUCGUAUCUGGUCCAGAUUCCAAAGUCCACUAUAGUCUUGGCUGUCAUCUUUUACUUUGCACACCGAUCAUUCGCCUCCUCCAAAACCUUCAGCAAUGGCUAUCAGCGAGCCCAUCAUCGUCUCCAAGUCUCUCCCGACUAUCCACCUCGACCUCCUCCGGGCCGAGAGCGCCGACGAGAGCGGGAACCUCCUCGACGCCUGCAAGAGCCACGGCUUCUUCUACCUCGACUUGACCAGCGAUGCCGAGCUGUGCAGGCUGUGGGCGGAGAUGCUCCGCAUCAUGGCCGAGUACUUCAACCAGCCUCUCGAGGUCAAGAUGCAAGACGCCCGUGGCAGCGACAACUUUGGCUAUGAGCCCAUGGGCACUGAGGAGGGGCCCAACCCCAAGACAAGAGACGGAUACGAGUCUCUCAAGUUUUCCCGCCGUGAAUUCCUCAAGGGCUCUUCCGACCUCACCACCUCGGUCCGCGCCCAGGAAGACAGCUUCUUCUCCUUCAUCAAGAACGCCCACGAAAUCACCCUGAUGAUCCUCUCGCGCCUCUCCUCGCAGCUCGGCCGCACCGACAGCGCCCGCUUCGAGGCCCACCACGCCGACCCGGGCCCAUCCCUCUCGACCCUCGGCCUCCUGCGCUACCCCAAGCACGACAGGCCCGCCGGCGAGCCCAGGAACGUCGGCCACAACAAGCACACCGACGUCGGCUCCCUUACCUUCCUCCUCGCCGCCCAGUGGGGCCUGCAGUACCUCUCCCUGACCUCGCGCCGCUGGGAGUUCAUCGAGCCCCGCCCGGGCCACGCCAUCAUCAACGUCGGCGACAGCCUGCGCUUCCUCUCGGGCGGCGAGCUCGCCAGCGUCGUGCACCGCGUCGUGCCCCUGCGCAAGACCCAGGACGAGGACCGCUACAGCAUCGCCUACUUCCUCCGCAUGAACGACGGCGGCGUCUUCAGCGACACUACGGGCAAGGCCUGGACCGCCAACGAGUGGCACGACUUCAAGUUCGGCGUCUUCAAGAACCCCAGCGUCCUCGACGUCAAGGGCCAGUUCCUGACGGGCAUGAUGAUCAAGGACAGCGAUAAGUUGGAGGGUCACGCCGCGGUUUCGGCAUAGUUUCUCGUCUCCGUCUGUUUUUCUUUGUCUUUUUCUUCCUUCGGUUUUUUCCUAGAUUUUCAUACGUCAAUCAAUCUAGAAGUCGUUUUACACUCCUUGCUAGAUUAGUCUUCAUGCCGUGACGAUGAACUGAUGUUGUAAGGUGAACUCUUCAAGUUGACGUCAUUUGGUUUGACUUAGGGUCGUACUGAGCAUCGAAUAGAGUUAGUCGCGGAGAUAUCGAUAUUGAAGACGCAUUUGGCUAAUCACUCAGUCGUCAAGACAGCUGAUCAACGUUAGUCGUUUGGUUCCCGACACCGGCCCGUGGUCAGAAAGACCGGCAUGAUGAAAGUUGUGUAUUCAAAAAAGUAAAAUGCCCAACUUUGUUUGGAAGGAAAGCCGAGAGAUACGCGCGUUAUGAAGAUGAUGGUCCUUGAGGUGGGUUAUUGUCCCC